CCGCUCGCGUCUCUUCACGGGGCUGGAGGCCAUCCAGAGGCAGCUGGAAGAGGUGGAGGAGCGGCAGAGGGCUUCGGAGAUCCAAGGCGUGAGGCUGGAGAAGGCGCUGAGAGGGGAAGCAGAUUCAGGCGCACAAGAUGAAGCAGAGCUCUUGCAGGAAUGGUUUAAGCUGGCUCUGGAGAAGAAUAAAUUAAUGCGAUAUGAGUCAGAGCUCCUGAUCAUGGCCCAAGAAUUAGAAUUGGAAGAUCAUCAAAGCAGACUGGAACAGAAAUUAAGACAGAAAAUGCUCAAGGAGGUUCAGAAAACUGAGUCUCAAGACACUUGGCAUGCUCGGCGUGCUCAAGAGAGCCAGAAAGAUGAGAAUGAUCUCAAUGAGGAGAGAGAAAUAUUCAGCGAGAUGAUGCAAGUGAUUGAACAAAGGGACAGACUCGUGGACUCCUUAGAGGAACAGCGCAUAAAAGAAAAGGCUGAAGACCAGCACUUUGAAAGCUUCAUAUUCUCCCGGGGCUGUCAGCUGAGCAGGACGUGAGCAGGCCCAAGGCGCUCCCCCUGGAUGCUGGCUGAGGGCGAAUGGGGCCAGGCACACCCCACAUACUCGCAGUUCCUCUGGCAGGAUCUGCCAUACCUGGAACUAAAGUGAUACCCUAUUGCCAUUUUUUCUUAAACAUUAAAAUUCUCUCAUACGGAGUACAGCUGCCCAAGACCCUUCCCGAGAUUAUAAUGAACAAAGUACGAAGUCUGUUCUGAGAUCCGCAUAUUGGCAGGUCUCACGUUGGAGUGACCUUGGCGGAUGACCAGCAUUGUCUUCCUGAGAAAGUGACACUGGGAUCGACUUUCCUGCUGCCUUUAUCGUUUAUCUUCCCAAUUCAUUGAGUUACACAUCUUCAGAUUUUUAAGAAGCCGCCUUUCCAUUAAUAUAUCCAUAUUUGCCCUUUUUUGCAUGGAUGACCGGUUUCCAAAUGUCAGAAAGAAGCAGCCGCAGUUUAAAGAUUAGGUUAAUAUUUAAAUUGUGUUUCCAGAGAAAAAGGAGAAACCUUGAGAUUACUGAUUACACAAAGCAAAUAACUCAUAUAGCAGGUGUUAAUUCAAUCCAGGGUGGAUUUAAUUUACCAGUUGUAUUUAUAAGCCUUAAUAUAAUAUACGUAAGCAAUGAGAGCUUAAUACAACAUUUGAGCCUUAAUUUUAUUUAAAAAACAAAAAAAGGAAAGGAAAAAGGAAAUAAAACUUUGCCCCUGUAACAUAAUGAAAAGCAAUUCUAGAAAAGGAAUCGUUUUCCAGUGCCUUUAUAUAUAACUGUUGGUGAUGGCAAAAAGGGAAGCUCAUUUGUUGAUAAAGUAUCAGUGAGGCUGGGACUGCUACUGAAAACACACCCACUAGCGAUCCAAGAUGAGGAUGCUUCCCGAAGGCUGUCUUCUCAGGUCCAAAGAGAAGCAUCUCCCACACUCUCUCCAGGGAUUCCCCAGGAACGCCACCGGACAAGAACAGAACCACUUUUGAUUUCACAGAGGACCUGAGUACCAUGACCCCAUUUACCAAAUGCAGGGACCAAAUCCCAAACUGGGUCAUGGAUUUUUUACAUGACAUUUUCAGUAUGAAAAGAAAGCCAGGGGAUGGAGUUUUGUGUGCUGACAGGGGAUUCCUGGGCUGUUCUGAUGGGUCCUAUGGGUACCAAAGAAAACGGAUCUGUUUUACAUAGUGAUCUGUUGUCAGAAAGAAUUGGAUUGUUUUCCCUCAGUGGGAUUCUUUGAAGAUUCAGUCUGUUGCUGACAAGAGACGGACUGAGGAACUCUUUGUUAUAUGUCUGGCCGCUCUCAUUUCUGCAAGUGUGUAAAUGUGUCACUGAACAGAAGGUGCUUUGCAACAGUUGGCUCUGACCGGAGACCUUACUCUCCUCAAUAUAAGCUGACCACGAACCACUGCUGUCUGAGAUGCUGUCCGCACACGCCAGUCUGGCCAGCGGGCGAGCCAGAAAUCAGAUAUGUAACUGGAUUUCCCAAGCCCACCAACAUUUUGGGCAGUGUGAAAUGCAACCUUUCCAUGGCGUACCAAAUUCUGAAGGUUGCAGUCUUCUUUUCCUUUCUUCUUUCCUCCUUCCUUCUUCCUUUUUCCUUUUUUUAAAAAAAAGAAUCAGAUCUUCUAGAGCGUGAAUUCUUCUAUGAGGGAAUACGUGCAGGUAUCUAUCAAAAUUGUGCCAUUUAUGGCUAUUUAUUCUUAUUUAUUUAUAUAUUUGGUGGAAAUUGCUAAUCUGAUUUCCUCCUACUUCUGGUUUUCCUGCGUUAUGCUACUGGCACUAAGAUAUUGGUAUAUAAGCUAUUUGACAUACAAAUAACCCAGAUGUUUGGGGCAGUGAGUUGUAUAGUAUUAAAGAUUUAUGGAGAUAGUUAAAAUAAUAUUUUCAGUCAUUAGGUAUUUAAAGGUGAGACUACGGAUACUCAGGAAUUUUAAUUCAUUUAAGGAAAAAAGAUAAAGAACUUCAGUUUUUAUUCUAGAAUGUUUAGAAAUACCGGAACCCAGUCUUUUCUGUCAGUUACAUGAAAGUGUGCUAUUUGGUGGUGGUGUGCAUUUAACAGAGGAUGGUCACAGGUGUAGUGUCUGGGUCGUUACGAUACAAAAGAAUUGCCACUUAUUUUAAUUUGUUCUAUUUUCCUCUAAAAGAAAGAUUCUCCCACGAGGGUCAAGAAAGAAGGUGUUUCUUGGCCCUAGUAUCCUGUUAAUAGAUGGGAGAAGCAAUUCGUUUGCUUUCUCUCCCAAAGACUAGUUCUGGAGUUUAAGGCUGAGUCUUAUCUGGCCAGGUUGAAACAUAAACCUCAUAUGUAACAGCCUUCUACUUACACUGGCUUUCGGCUUAACAGCACAUAAAACCGUUUCAAUGAACACUUCCAAAAGGACACAAGUAAUGUAGCCGUUGAAUUAUUUUGAAUAGUUCCAUUCCUUAGUCACAAAUAAAGAAUGUUCUAAGACCCUCAAAAUGUAAAAUAUUGUGCAUUUUAAAGAUUUUUUUAUGCAAUAUGAGUAGGGUUAUGAUGAAAACAGCUUCUUCUGUCCCAUAAAAGGACACUCAUGAUCAAAGCUGGGCAAUGUAGGACUCUGACACAUAAAGCCCCAGACAAAGGUCAUAUUUGAGAGGCAGUCUGGCAGUUAAACUAAAGGGCUCAUGAUAGUUACAAGUUAAGGAUUUUAUGUAAGAUAGACCGGGGAGACAGUUCUUAAGCUUGCUCUCCCAAACCAUUCAUCUGUUGAUCUAUUUGUGCACCAAACAUUCUCUGAUUGCGUAUGGGGUCGUGCAGCCCCAAACAGGUGCUAGCAUGAGGGAAGAGUAUUAGUCCUCCACUCCACCCACAAAUAAAUGCAAAGAUAAGCAAGUACCACUCCCAAAUAAAUACAAAGAUAAAGAACUACUUUUAUUCUGAGUGUCAGCCUAUUCUACUCACAUUUAUCUCCAGCAUAAGGACUUUUGUCCCCAACAAUUACAGCACUUCUUUGGCCACAAAAAUAAGUUCGUUUCUAAAACUGUGAAAAAUAAUAUCAGGUUGUACCGUUUCAUUUAAACCUUGACUUUGGCAGUGUUAGGCUGCUUGGAAUCAAUCAAUGCUGCGAUGCAGCAUGUUAAUUGCAACCGAGAAUGGAAGUGGCAGGUGUUUCCAACUCUGAUGAGCUGCAGUGAAAUUGAUGUUUUCUGUGUUCUGGAGGCAAAUGACAAUUCAGCAAUGUCUGUCUUCCCAGGAAGCAGAUUUACGGGCUUUUCCUUCCAAACUGGAAAUGGCAGCAAGUCCCAUCCAGGUGGCUGAUCAGAGAACUACCUCAGCAGGGCAGAGGUGGUAGGGGGCAGCUGGGGCUGCCACAUGAACAGAGAGAGUGGCAGUCAUUGGAUAUGGUGAGCUCGAAUGUAGUUUAUUGUAAUAGGAAGGUUCACGUACAGGGGAGCGUGCACUAUUUCACCUACUGUUUAUCUUCUAACCUCACUGCUGAGUAGCUUGUAAAGGAUUAAUUUGCUCCGACCAUUGGGAACUAUUCAUGUGGACUGAAAUGCAUUACAUGUGUACUGCUAUAAAUACUGAAAUGAAUCAAAAAUAAAUGGUUUUCUGUUAAAAGAA